AUGGGACAAAAAGACUCAAGGCAAUUUAAAUCAGAAUAUUGUCAAAUAGCUCAAGAUUCUUUUACUCGAAUUAACAAUAAUAUUUUUUAUUAUAUUUCUUUUAUAUUCCCUUGGAUUGGAGAAAAUAUACUUAAACCUUUCUCUAAUGCCACGGGAAAAUUAAGAGGAGAUCCAAUAUUAAUUUUAAUGGAAAAUAUUCAUAAAGCUGUUGUUAAAAGAAAAGAAGAGAAAAUGAAGAAAAAUGAAAAGGAAGAAGAAGAAAAUGAAGAAAAUUUAAAUAAUAAAAAAUGGGUUGAUUUUAUUGACCUCUUUUUGGAAUCUGAGGCUGAAAAUAAUAAAAUUGAAUUUAAAACGAAUAAUGGGACUUAUAACAAAAAGGAAAAGUUUGAACGUUGUAAUACUUUAGACGAAAUUGUACUUAAUUGUUUUCUCUUCCUCUUGGCUGGAUUUGACACAACAGCAAAUACUCUAAGUUUAAUAGCACACAAUUUGGUUAUUUACCCACACGUUCAAAAACGUUUAUUUGGAGAAAUUGAAGAAAUUUGUGGAUUAGAAGAAGAAACAAUUGACUACGAACAAUUGGCCAAAUUAAAAUAUGCAGAUGCUGUGUUUAAAGAAACACAAAGAUUAUGCCCAAUCGCGAAUGACGUGGUGAACAGAAAAUGUGAAGAAGCUACAACCCUUGGAGAUAUAAAAAUAGAGAAAGGAAUUUAUGUUUAUGCUGAUUUAUUUACUUUACAUAGAGAUAAAAAAAUUUGGGGAGAAGAUGCUGAAGAAUUUAAACCGGAAAGAUGGUUAUCAAAUGAGAAUAUACCUACAGAAUAUUAUUAUCCCUUUGGAGGAGGACCUAGAAUUUGUAUUGGAAUGCGUUUGGCAAUGAUGGAAGUUAAAAUGGUUUUGGUACAUUUACUACGUUCAUUUGAAUUAAAAAGAUGUUCUGAGACAUUGGUGGGAAGAUUAAUUUAG